UUCUCUGGAUACUUUCAAGAGAGAGCUAGAUAGGGCUGUUAAAAAUAGAGGAGUCGGGGAUAUGGGGAGAAGGCAGGAACGGGGUACUGAUUGGGGAUAUUCAGCCAUGAUCAUAUUGAAUGGCGGUGCUGGCUCGAUGGGCCGAAUGGCCUACUCCUGCACCUGUUGUAUAUUGUCUAUAUCCCUUGAUUCUUUUAGCCUGAAGAACUAAAUCGCUCGGGACAAUUUACAGAGGGCCCAAUUAACCGACAAACCCGCAUGUUUUGGGGAUGUGCCGGAAUCCGGAGCACCCGGAGGAAACCCACGUGGUCCCAGGGAGAGGCUCUACACACGCAUACACAGCACGUGACAUCAGGAUAAAAACCUUGUCUCUGGUGAUGUGAGGUGGCGGCUUUACCAGCUGCGCGAUUGUGCUUUUGUUUAAAAGAUGCUUUAAACAAUAAAUACAUAUUCUCUUUACAGGUGAAACAUUUUGAUUAUUUCUUUCCAGCGAUGAAGGGAAGAUGCUCCGUUCUUGUGCUUGUACUUGUUCAAGCAGUUAUAAUGGGGGAAGCCAAUUUUAUUUCGGAUGAAAGUCCCUUCUUCGGCCAAGUGGGUGGUGAUGUCCUCUUGAAGUGCAUGUUGAGACCAGUUACAGCCCUGAAUGAAUUGGAGGUGAGAUGGUACACAUCGAUGUCGCUGGUCCAUCUAUACUCCAGCGGUCAGGAUCGACCUGACGCACAGGACGAGGCGUAUCGAGGGAGGACGGAACUCUUUCAUAAAGAGUUUCACCGCGGAAAUGCCUCACUUAAACUGAUGCGGAUUAAAGCAACAGACGUUGGCACCUACACCUGUUCCACCAGGACGAAGACCACCUACUUGCAGAUGGGGCUGCAUCUGGUAGUUCUAGAGGAACCCUAUGUUUUUUCGCGAAGAAGUCUCUUCACUGGCCUAGUGGGUGGUGAUGUCCUCUUGGAGUGCAGGUUGCAACCAGUUACAGCCCUGAACGAAUUGGAGGUGAGAUGGUUCACAUCGAGUUCGCUGGUACAUCUAUACUCCAGCGGUCAGGAUCGACCUGACGCACAGGACGAGGCGUAUCGAGGGAGGACGGAACUCUUUCGGGAAGAAUUUCACCGCCGGAAUGCCUCACUUAAACUGAUGCGGAUUAAAGUCUCAGACGCUGGCAUCUACACCUGUUCCACCAGGACCAACACCUCCCACAUGCAGAUGAGGCUGUAUCUGGAUGUUGAAGGUUUUGGACUCCAGCCCAGGAUCCGCUUGGAAGAACGCACCGAACAAGGAGUGCGUGUGGUGUGUACGUCUGAUGGAUGGUUUCCCCAGCCGGAGAUACGGUGGCGGGAUGGGAGCGGACAGGAUGUGACCUCGCUUGCUGACACUUGGUUCACCGAGGACUCCAGCGGACUGAUCACUGUCCACAGCUACAUCUUUGUCUGGAGCGAUUCUGUGAACAGGUAUUCCUGUUUCGUGCGAAGUCGCUUACUGAGGCAAACACGAGAGGCUCACAUUCAGGUAUCAGCGGUCAAGUUCUCAAUCGUUGGUCCAGACCGGCCGGUUGUCGGAGUCGUGGGCGGGACAGUGACACUGGAAUGUCACCUUGAGCCCAAGGAACCGAUCGACAAGAUGACCGUCCGGUGGCUAAAGUCGGACCUCGACUUUGCGGUUCACAUGUUCAGGAACGGCAAGGACGAGACCAACACUCAAGACGAUGACUACAGAGGUCGGACCGAGCUGUUCAAGGACCAAAUGGUGGAAGGAAACGCAUCGCUCAGAAUAAAGGACAUCAGAGUUACCGAUGAGGGGAACUACAUUUGCUCCGUUGACAAUGGGGUUGUCUUUGAAGAAACUCCAAUUAACUUGAAAGUUGGAGGUUUGGGUCAUGACCACUGGAUCUACAUCAGAGGAUAUGAGAAAAGUGGAAUUCAACUUGUCUGUGAGUCUACUGGCUGGUAUCCUGCACCAUCGAUACAAUGGUUUGCUGGCGAGAAAGAGAAUUUAACUUUCAAAUCUGAGAUAAAUUUCCAGCAGGAUUCUAAACAACUUCUAAACGCCCAGAGCAAAGUAACUGUAUCGCAAGGUUCGACAAACAAGUUCAGAUGUAUUUUAUGGAACCGAGUAUUGAAAAAAGACCAGGAGGCCAUUAUUGAGAUCGCAGAUGUCUUCUUCCCAGUUGUUUCAGGAUGGCUGGUGUUCCUAUGCGUGGCACUUUGUCUCCUGUUGAUCGCGCUUGGUUUAGCCAUUUAUUGGACUGUAAGGAGACGUAAUCUCAUGAAAGAUCUAGAAAAAGACAAGUCGGUCCAACAAUACGACAAGUGGGAACCCCUCGUUAAAUCCGAUUGGGAGACCAUGUGUGAAAAUAAAGUCUCCAUACAGCUCGACACUGAAGCAGGGCUCACCCAGCUGACGGUGUCUAAGGAUGGGAAGAGCGUGACUGCGACGGAGAUGGAGAAGAAUCCUCCCAAUCAAUACGCCAUGGUUAAAGCCUGGGAAUGUGCGCUGGGAACCGAGGGCUUCUCCUCGGGGAAAAAGUACUGGGAAGUGGAGGUGGCCGGGAAUCGCAAGUGGACACUGGGAGUUGUGGCGGAGACGGUGAAGAAUACAGGAGAACUUGAAUUGAAACAGGAGAACACGGUCUGGACCAUCGGGCAAUCUGAGAAGAAAAUCCAAGCCAACCUUGCCGAGCCCUUGGACAUCACCUAUCAUGAGUUUCCCAGUAAGAUUGGAGUUUACCUCGAUUACGACAGUCGGGUUGUUUCAUUUUUCAUUGCAAACAGUAAAUCUUUUCUCCACACAUUCACUGAGUGCAAGUUCACCGAGAAGGUCUACCCAUGUUUCCACACGUCCCAUGCCAACAAAAUGUUGAAAAUCUGCCCCUUGGAUUCGCCCGCCAAAGAUUCUUAACAAAGCAGUCUUAACUCAGCAUGGCUGAGUGGCAGCCUGGCUUAAAUGUUUCACUACUGCCAAUUCUUCACUUUACUGCCAAAUAUCUUCCUUAAAUGCUUUAAUGAACAAAUGAAUGAAAACUCUAUUGUCACAAAAAUGCUGGUGAAACCCAGCCUGGAGUCGAAAGAUGUACGUUAAGGUUCAAUAGAUUCACUUUAAGGUAAUUCAACAAAGAUUCAUCAGACAGAUACAAGUGAUGAAGGAGGGUCCAAAUAACUUCAAGUAACCCUUGCGUUCCCUCUCUCCCCCACCAGUCAUCGUACUAGUUUCACUGUCGUCCUGUUCAGUUUCACCCUCUGCAUAACUCAUUAUCAUCUACCCGACAGCCAACAAUGGACCAUUGUGGGCUCCCCUUUCCCUGAUCGUCAUUGCUUUUUGCAUAUUUUUUAUUCAUUUUUUUCUGCUAUAUUUAUCGUUUCCUUUUCCCCCGACUCUCAGUCUGAAGAAGGGCCUUGACCCGAAACGUCACCUAUUCCUUUACUCCAGAGAUGCUGCCUGACACGCUGAGUUACUCCAGCAUUUUGUGUCGACCUUCAGUUGAGUUUAGUGUAGAGAUACAACGUGGAAACAUGUCCCUCGGCCCACCGAGUCUGUGCCGACCAGCGAUCCUCGCACACUAACAUCAUCCUUCGUACAAUAGACAAUAGGUGCAGGAGUAGGCCAUUCAGCCCUUCGAGCCAGCACCACCAUUCAAUGUGAUCAUGGCUGAUCAUCCAAUCCAAUCCAAUCCAACUUUAUUUGUUAAGCACUUUAAAACAGCCAAAGUGCUGUACAGAAGAAUAAACAAGACAUCAUAAACAGACACCAUAACAGCUCACAUGAGGCGCAAAAAUUACAUAUGAAAUACAACAAUAAAUUAAAAGACAUAAAACAUGAGUAAAAAUAAUAACCACGGAAUAAAAGCAAUCAAAAAAUAAGAAAUUAACUCAAGUAAAUAAAUAAAGUCGACAUCUUACUGGGUAUCAAAGGCCACGGAGAAGAGAUGGGUUUUAAGAAGUGAUUUAAAAACAGACAGAGAAGAGGCCUGUUUAAUGUGGAGAGGCAGAUCAUUCCAUAAUUUGGGUGCCGACACAGCAAAGGCACGGUCCCCUCUGAGCUUCAGCUUAGUUUUAGGCCCACUCAGGAGCAGCUGAUUAUCUGACCUGAGAGAGCGGGCGGGUGUAUAAGGGUGUAGAAGCUCAGAUAGGUAGGGCGGGGCAAGACCAUUCAGGUAUUUAAAAGCAAAUAAAAUAAUUUUAAAAUGGAUCCUAAACUGAAUAGGCAACCAGUGGAGUGAGGCUAAAAUGUGCGAAAUGUGCUCAUGUUUACGUGUGCCAGUUAAAAGACGUACAGCUGCAUUCUGUACCAUCUGGAGACGGGCGAUGGAGGACCCACUAACCCCCACAUACAGUGCAUUGCAGUAAUCCAGCCGAGUGGUAACAAAGGCGUGGAUUACCGUCUCAAAAUGCUGCCUUGACAGAAUUGGCUUUAUUUUGGCCAGCUGCCUCAGAUGGAAAAAACUUGAUUUAACAACAGCCUUGAUCUGAUUGUCAAAUUUUAGCUCAGGGUCCAUUUUAACCCCUAGGUUUGUGAUGCUUGGUUUAAUAUACUGGGCCAGGGAGCCCAGAUCUACAGGGGGGACCCCAGUGGUGCCACCAAAAACCAUUACUUCCGUCUUUUUAUCAUUAAAUUUAAAAAAGUUCAGAGCCAUCCAGGCCUUUAUGUCAUUGAGACACUCAACUAACAGUCCGACAGAGUGUUCAUCAUUCUUUUUAAGAGGCACAUAAAUCUGACUGUCGUCUGCAUAAAAGUGGAAUGAAAUUCCGUGCUUCCUUAGUAUGGAACCAAGUGGCAGCAAAUAGAGAGAGAAGAUCAUCCCCAAUUAGUACCCCGUUCCUCCUUCUCCCCAUAUCCCCUGUCUCCACUAUCUUUAAGAGCCCUAUCCAGCUCUCAAACGUCACCUAUUCCUUCAUUCCGUAGAUGCUGCCUCACCCGCUGAGUUCCUCCAGCAUUUGUGUCCACCUUCGAUUUUUCCAGCAUCUGCAGUUCUUUCUUCAACCAUUUAGCCACAAACCUGCACGUCUUUGGAAUGUGGGAGGAAACCAGUCACCCUAACGUUAUCUUAGCGAAACUUUAGAGAACUGGGGGGUGCUAUUAUUUCAAGUAUUUAGGGUUGAUGUUACUAAGUGGAUGUUUAAUCUGCCUGCCUGUCAUGAAAAUGAGUGGGCUGGGGGUCUUUGUUUCAGAAUAAUGGGGCGACUGUUUAGAUCUGAGUGUCAAUUUUUGCACUCAGUGAAAAUAAUACUUUUGAAUUCUCUGCUCUCAGGAGCAGCGAAUAUUCAAUUAUUCUGCGUAUUACAUUUUUUUUAAUACAAUUAAACAUUUUUCAAUAAAAAUCAAUUUAAAAUAUGAAUCUUGUACAUAUUUUUAAUUUCAACAUUAACCAGUAUGUCAAAUUGACACGUCUUUCUCUGCCAGAAAAUUGCUGGCAUCGAAAUUCAGUAAUAUUUUUUCAUUGAAAAUUUAAGAUUUACAUGUUUACUGUUACUCUGCAUGUGUAACAGAGGGAUCCUAAUAAUGAUUUGUAUUUUAUUCAGUUGCAGCCAUUUGCAGUUGAACCGUAUAAGUAUUAUGCAUUUGCAUUUGAAACCGUGUUUUUCUAUCCUUUGAGGAAUAUUAUGUAUGUAACUAAAAUUAAAAAUGUCAUCCAAUUUGAAU